UUAAUUUUUCUGAAGCUCGCUACCAUUUUGUACGCUCGAGGAGAAAAGAAGAAGAAGAAAGCCAUUGUCAAAGACAUGGCGAUGGCGCUGUCAAUUAUUUCAUCUUCAUGCAUCACCUGUGGUUUCGAUUUUAAUUUGAAUUUAAACAAGAAUCUUAGCGAAACGCAGUUCAGAAGACCGUCAUCUUCGGAUUUUUCGGGGCUUAACCGCCGAACUAAUGGCGGAUUGAUGGAUUUCCGUAGUAUAAAGAGGGAAAAUCAUAGUGUUAAGGUUAAAGCUUCUUGCUUCUUCGACUCCAUCAAUCAGCCCAUCCUUAAAGAAGCUCUCAAGGAGCCAGUUGCAUUUAUAGGGGGGAUGUUUGCAGGGGUUUUAAGGCUUGAUUUGGAAGAAGAACCGCUUAAAGAAUGGGUAACAAGAACCGUAGAAGCCUCUGGUAUGACGGUAGAAGAUGUUGAUGAUCAGGGGUCAAUGCCGGAAGAGCAGAUCGAGAUUGAAUGACAAAUAGGAGAAUGUUGUGAUUGUAGUGCUUAAUACUAUUCGCUCCUCCAUCAUUCAUGAAAGCACUUGAUAUAAACGUCACAAAAGAAAAGUUGGUUUAUGGGUUGGGUCGCCUAUAACGAAUUGAACUGAAUUCAAUUGACUAUGGAUUUAUUUUGAAAAGGUGUAAUACCUUUCAGAAAAGUUACACCUGCUCAUUCAGAGAAAUUCUUAGGUAGACUCAGUCUAUCACGUCAUCCGUGGACUAACCUAUCAUAUUAUGACACGUCAUUAAAAUAAUGGCCCUAUCGUAAUAUUCCUAUUCAAAAGUGUAAAUAAGUAAUAAACAAAAUUACGAUAGGGCCAUUAUUUUAAUGACGUGUCAUAAUAUGAUAGGUUAGUCCACGGAUGACGUGGUAGACUGAGUCUACUUAAGAAUCUCUCGCUCAUGAAAGGUUGUGACUAUAACUUUGUGAAAAUCUAUAUUUGUCCAUAAUACCCUUUAGUUGCUUAUAAAUUUGUAUCAAAGUUAGAUGGAAAAAUAACAGAAUAAUUCAAAAGACAGAGAAUCUUUUCAGUAAUGCCAAGUUUCUAAAAUCUUUUCAAAGCA